AUGGCAGCCUUGGAACAAGACGGUAAUACAAACGACAGCAAUAAUAAUAAUAACUCAAAUGAGGGAGGAAAUAAUAAUCCACAAGCUGAUAUAUCUCAAUCCCAGGAUGAAACUAAUAAUGAAAUACCUCAAGUAGAAGAACCACAACCUCCAAUCGAUCCAGAGAAAGAGGCUUACAAUAAGGCUCUAUCUGGUUUUAAGAAUAAAUUAUUAGAACAUAGAAGAUAUGAUGAUCAAUUAAAACAACGUCGUCAGCAUAUACGAGAUUUAGAAAAGCAAUAUGAGAAAACUGAAGACGAUAUUAAAGCUUUACAAAGUAUUGGCCAAUUAAUUGGUGAAGUUAUGAAAGAAUUGUCUGAAGAAAAAUAUAUCGUUAAAGCCUCUUCGGGGCCACGUUAUAUUGUUGGUGUUAGAAAUUCUGUUGAUCGUUCACGUUUAAAGAAGGGUGUUAGAGUCACUCUGGAUAUCACUACUUUAACAAUUAUGAGAAUAUUACCCCGUGAAACUGAUCCAUUGGUUUAUAAUAUGACUGCAUUUGAGCAAGGAGAAAUUUCAUUUGAUGGUAUUGGUGGUUUAACUGAACAAAUUAGGGAAUUAAGAGAAGUAAUUGAAUUACCAUUGAAGAACCCAGAAAUUUUUGAAAGGGUUGGUAUCAAGCCCCCAAAGGGUGUGUUAUUAUAUGGUCCUCCAGGUACUGGUAAAACUUUAUUGGCAAAAGCUGUUGCAGCUACUAUUGGUGCUAAUUUCAUUUUCUCGCCAGCUUCUGGUAUCGUGGAUAAAUAUAUUGGUGAAUCUGCCAGAAUUAUUAGAGAAAUGUUUGCUUACGCAAAAGAGCAUGAACCAUGUAUUAUAUUUAUGGACGAAAUCGAUGCUAUUGGUGGUAGAAGAUUUAGUGAAGGUACAUCUGCUGAUCGUGAAAUUCAACGUACUUUAAUGGAAUUGUUAUCACAAAUGGAUGGCUUUGACAAUUUAGGGCAAACUAAGAUUAUUAUGGCAACAAACAGACCAGAUACUUUGGAUCCAGCCUUAUUAAGACCUGGUAGAUUAGAUAGAAAAAUUGAAAUUCCAUUACCAAAUGAAGCUGGUAGAUUAGAUAUUUUCAAGAUUCACACAUCAAAAGUCAAAAAAGUUGGUGAAUUUGAUUUUGAAGCGGCUGUGAAGAUGAGUGAUGGUUUUAAUGGUGCUGAUAUUAGAAACUGUGUAACAGAAGCUGGGUUUUUCGCUAUCAGGGAUGAUCGUGAUCACAUUAUACCUGAAGAUUUAAUGAAAGCAGUAAGAAAAGUUUCGGAAGUAAAGAAACUAGAAGGUUCUCUGGAAUACAAGAAAUUAUAA